AUGCUUUCUGAAGUUAAUACAAACCUUCCAAUGCAUAUGAUUAUUAGAGGUAAUCAUGUUCCACAAAGCAUUAUUCAACAAAUUACUACACCAUCCCGAAUUAACCUAAGUCAUGAAGCACGUGAUCUGGCAAUUAUAAGCCAUCGAGCUGACAAAUAUACAACAAAAGAAAUCAAAAUGAAGCUUCUUGCAUCAUACAAUGGU